CUGGACCAGGGCGCAGAAGGAGGCGAGAACGACAGCUGGAAUCUGCCGAAGACCACAAAAGAAUUGCCGUCUGAAAUUCUUUCGGGCAUAAACGUCGCCAUAGCGCAAGCGCAUGAGACGCAGAGAGGUGCUAUGGCGGACACCAUCAGCAGGACGUUGCAAGAGGAGAUCCGUCGAGGAUUUAUGGAGCUGAUGGGUGCCAUAACGGAGGCAAUGACGCCCCUGCGCCAGAAGGGAGAAUUGAUCCAUGAUCUGGACUGGGAGAAUGUUCCAAAUGGCAGAGAAGGCGGUCCGGCGGCUCCAGAAUGGCGAAGACAGAGUACCGGCACCAGACCCAAAGGUUCCGUGGAACAACAGGAGCAUAUUCCACAAGCGCCUCCGAGGAAGCCGGAGAGACUGAGCCUAAAUUGGUCCCGCAGGGUGGAAGAUGGCGAUCUGGAGACGAGACCGAGAGGACUGGAACGGGAACCAGCAGGAGAAAGCGGAGCUCGGCGAUUCACGACGCCCUACGAGAGGCGAGACUAGUG